GAUGCUGCCAUGCUCCCACCUUGAUGAUAAUGGACUGAACAUCUGAACCUCUCCGGGUAGGAUGCAAUUACUGAUCAGGAUAUGUGGUUGCAGUUCCACAGAUGGCCUGCAGGCGGCUCUCUCCUGGCCUGUGGAACUUGGUACUGAACACCAUCUUUACCCUGGGCACCCGUGGUGCUGUCAUCUCACCGGCAGAGCUCAAGGCCCCUAUUCUGGUGCCCCAUACUGCCCAGCGUGGAGAGCAGAGGUAUCCGUUUGAAGCGCUCUUCUGCAGCCAGCACUAUGCCCUCCUCAACAAUUCUUGCCGUGAAUAUCCUUUCAUCUGUGAAUUUUUCGUCAUCUCUGGCCUGGCUGCACAUGACCUGUUCCACGAUGUCAUGGGCUGCACACUCUCCAUGACACUGGUGAGCUUCUGACU